AUGAAAAACCACGAAAGACAGUGGUCUUUAGCUGUCAGUGCCCAAGUUUCCUCUCAGGGCAAGAUUUCUGUGAGUUGCACUUCAAGCUGUGAAGGACAGGCAGACAUUUUUAUUAUGGAUCAAAUCCAACUCUCUGGGAAUUCUGAUGGACUCACACUUACAGCUGCAAGAUGGUCCAUGAUGCAGGCCCUUGAUGCAGGUUGGCUUUCAGUGAAUCUGCUAUUGAAGGACAAGGCAGUGGUAGCAAAAUUGAGCAACCAGAGUAAUUUUGACCCAUCUUGUAAUAAACUUUUGCUCAACAUAAACAGACAUAUAAUCACCAAAAACAAACUUAGGAUACCUAAUCAAACAAUCAUCCUCCUUAUCCUUAAUAAUCUCCUUAGCCGGCUCGAUUAUGGCCUUAAACGACGGGUUGUAAAAAGACGCAAUCGACCUUCUUGUCCCGUCCCGUUUAGCCAAAACCCGGUGCCAAGCGCUCUUAUACCUCCCAUUACUCAACACCUCAACUUGAUCACCCGUGUUUAUAACAAUCGCGUUUUUAACGGGCUGGACUUCGACCCACGACCCGUCUUUCAAGAUCUCGAGCCCACUUACCUCGAUCACGCCGCCAGCAUCCGUGUGGGCCCGAAGCCCGUUAACUUUUUCGGGGGCCCGACAUGGAGGGUAGUGGCUCACCUUGGUCCCGAAGAAGGCCCGAUUUUCGUUUUCGGGCCCACCACCGUUGAAGGCCCGGUUGAUGUAACCUUUCGGGAGGCCCAAAUUCUCGUCCAUUAUUUCCAUUACUCGGAUCGCGAGUUUCUUUAG